ACCGGCCGCUGUGAGAGUGGGUAGCGGCGGCGGCGGCCGUAGCCGUCGCCGCCGGGGGGGCGGGGAGCCCCGGCCACUGAGCCCCUCCCUGGGGUGGGGCUCGGCGGAGACUCUGGGCGGCUGGGGAGCCGGGCCCUGAGGAGAGCGUUGCCCUUGCCAGACUCGGGCGAUGGGGCCGAGAGCCCGGGCCCCGGCGCGGGGAAGGUGACCGCAGAUUCCGGCGGUAGGCGGGCUGCCAGCUCCCCUCGCCCCAGCAACUCGCCCUCUGGAAGCCCGGGCCGCGAGGGCAAGGGCUUCCCGGGCCGGCGCCAGCAGCUUCCGAAGCAGCUGCGGCGUCGCGGGCGGUCUCGGAGGCAGCAAAGCGGUUGGUGGCCGUGGCGGCGGCGGCGGCUGGAGGGGCAGCAGCCGGAGCCGCGACAGCUGGAGCGGCGGCGGCGGCGGGGCAGCUCCCCCGGGCCCUCUGUGGACCCUCCCGAGCGGGUGGCGUCCUGCGAGCGAUGCCCGGAGGCGCCAGAGCCCUCUCCAUCUCCCCUUCCCCCUCGCACACGCCGAGCCCGGCAGCGGCGGAGGCGGCGGAGGCGGCGGCGGCGGCGGCGGCGGCGGCGGCUAGGGGCCAUGGAGCUUGAGAACCUCUUGGCCAACACGCUGCUGCUGAAAGCGCGCCAAGGUGGGUGCACAGGGGCGCCCGACGCCCCGCAAACUCAGAUCCUCCGAGGAGCCCGACCCUGACCGGGAAUCCCGAUCCCCGCAAAGCCCCGAGCCACCGUCCGCUCGGUCGCACUAUUCGCACCGGCCAGACAGCGAGGUGUCAGCUUGGGUGCCUUAGGCUGCUCUGCGCGCCGCCCUGCACCCCUCUCAGCAGCUGUGGGCCCAAGUAACGGUAGCCUGCGCCCCACUCUUGUCGGUGUGAACCUGCUCCGUCCUGCCGCCUCCAGUGCGUCAGCACAGGCUAGCGGGGUCCUGUCCUGGGAGGAGGAAGCCAGACCACCGAGUGAAGCCGGCGAGAAACAGCCGUGCCUUUGGGGUCUUUAAAGGACAAAGAAGACAAUCCUGUUAACGACCCUAAGCGAGAACCUUCCAUUAGUCUUUUUGGACCGUUAUUUUACAUUUAUUUAUUUUUGAGAGACAGAGUGAGACAAAGUGAGCGUGGGGGAGGGGCAGAGAGAGGGGGAGACACAGAAUCCGAAUCAGCCUCCAGGCUCUGAGCGGUCAGCACGGAGCCCGACGCGGGGCUCGAACCCACGGACCGCGAGAUCAUGACCUGAGCCGAAGUCGGACGCUCAGCCGACUGAGCCAGCCAGGCGCCCCUGGACUGUUAUUUUAGCGUAGCUUUUUGGUUUUGAGGCUUCGUGGUGUGUGGAGUGGGUUUUACCAGGCAGGACGUGGUGGCGGAUUCCACAGUUUGGUACGAAUCCAGCCUCAUAUCCACGAAAAGGCACAGUUGACCCAGCCCUUUUGCUCAGAGAUGGCCCUGGCCCCGACCGUCCUUCUCGUGCCUCCCGAGAGAGUGGAGAGCUGGCGACACAACUACCCACCUGCGGUUCUGCAGCCCCUUUGCUCCUGCCGAGUGGGUGACGGAGCAGGUGCUUGGUGUUUGUGCGCGAUGGCGGGAAAUGGCCGCCGGAGGGACCGCAUUGGCCACGACUCCGGAGUGAAGAUGGCAGAAUAUGAAGUGGCUGAUGACGAAGACCGCAGAAGUUAUGGACUGUCCAUCUUAGACACGUUCUUCAGUGCUGCUGAGAGGGAAAGAUCUAAAAAGGUGGACAACACAAAAUCGGCAGCCCCUUUACCAGAAAUACCUUCACGUGUUUUGAAAGAAUGUAGGUUGAGACUGAAGGAGAACCCCUCCAAGGACGUCUUUGAGGAGUGCACCAGAUUUGUUCAUAACUAUUUAAGUGGAGAACCAUUUGAAGAAUAUCAAGAAAGUGCAUAUUUUUCUCGAUUUCUACAGUGGAAGUGGCUGGAAAGGCAACCAAUAACAAAGGACACGUUUAGACAUUACAGAGUUCUAGGAAAAGGCGGAUUUGGGGAGGUCUGUGCCUGUCAAGUGCGAGCUACAGGAAAAAUGUACGCCUGUAAGAAGCUAGCAAAGAAAAGAAUAAAGAGGAGGAAAGGUGAAGCAAUGGCUCUAAAUGAGAAGAGGAUGCUGGAAAAAGUGAAUAGCAGAUUUGUAGUUAGUUUGUCUUAUACUUAUGAGACCAAAGACUCCUUGUACUUGGUACUGACCAUUAUGAAUGGAGGGGACUUAAAGUAUCACAUUUACAACCUGGGCAGCCCUGGCCUUGAUGAACAGAGAGCGAUCUUCUAUGCGGCCGAACUGUGCUGUGGCUUGGAGGACUUACAGAAAGAAAGAAUUGUGUACAGAGACUUAAAGCCUGAGAAUAUCCUCCUCGAUGACAUUGGGCACAUCCGGAUCUCAGACCUGGGUUUAGCCGUGGAGGUCCCGGAGGGCCGGACCGUCCGAGGAAGAGUGGGGACCGUCGGCUACAUGGCUCCUGAAGUUAUCAAUAAUGAAAACUAUACAUUUAGUCCUGAUUGGUGGGGACUUGGCUGCCUGAUAUAUGAAAUGAUUCAGGGACAUUCUCCAUUCAAAAAGUUCAAAGAGAAGGUCAAGCGACAGGAAGUCGAGCGCAGAGUGAAGAAGGACACAGAGGAGUACUCCAGGAAGUUUUCCGAGGACGCCAAGUCCGUCUGCAGGAUGUUACUCACCAAGAAUCCCAGACAACGGCUGGGCUUCAGCGGUGGAGCAGCAGAAGUGAAGGGACACCCCGUGUUCAAGGACAUUAACUUCAAGAAGCUGGAAGCAAAUAUGUUGGAUCCCCCUUUCUGUCCUGAUCCGAAGGCAGUGUAUUGUAAGGAUGUCGUGGAUAUCGACCAGUUCUCCACGGUGAGGGGAGUCUACCUGGACACCACAGAUGAUACUUUCUACAGCCAAUUUGCCACAGGCUCUGUCUCCAUCCCCUGGCAGAACGAGAUGAUCGAAUCGGGUUGUUUUAAGGACAUCAACGAAAGUGACACUGGAGAAUAUGUGGCACUGGAUCUACAAGAGACACUGUGCCACCCAGUUCCCAAACCAAAGAGAGGCUUCUUCUAUAGACUCCUCAGAAGAGGGGGCUGCAUUAGCGGUGUCCCCAGCGACAAGGAAGAGCUGCCCUCAGUGGUGUGACCACUCACUGCAGAGCCGGGCCCCAGCGCCCAGGAGCACGAGCGUGGUGUUUGACCCCAUCUGUGAACAGCAAUAAACAUGUGACACCUCGUAAAAUGAGA